GAGCUCACAAGUCCCAACAUUUUAUACCACCUCGGAAUCCUAGCUCCGCCACUAGGUCCUAGCUAGCUAUGUCGUCGGCGAGGGCGCGGCGGAGCGGCGGCGGCGGAGGAGCAGGAGGAAGGCAUUUUCCGGUGGGCGGGCGGUGGCGCCACGUGCCAGUCGUUGACACCGGCUGUGGCUGCCGGCCUCGCCGGCCGAGGCAGCUGCUGAUGAGCUUGCCGUCGUUCCUCCGGCCAUCCCUGAAGCCGCCGGUGCCGAGGAGCACGAGCUCUCACUCGUCGUCCUUCUUCCCGUCGUCGGCUUCCACCGCUUCGUUCUCGUCUUCCUCCGCCGCCACCUACACCACCACCUACUCGUCGUCCUCCAACCAGUACCCCUACUACUACCCGAGCGGCGGCUCCCACGUCGCCGGCUACAAGAAGUACCACAACCAGCACCAGCAGGAGGCGGCGCCGGUGACGACGACGACCCACGGGAAGCAGCAGCAGCAGCGGGCGGCGGCGCCGGGGAUGGCGGCGGCGAGGAGGAGGGCAAGCAGGAAGAAGAGGUACGAGAAGAUGGAGGCGGCGGCGGACGCGGAGGAGGAGGACGUCGGCGUGGCGGUGGAGAAGGAGUCGUCGGACCCGCGCGCCGACUUCCGGGAGAGCAUGGUGCAGAUGGUGGUGGAGAUGGGGCUCUGCGGCUGGGACGACCUCCGCUGCAUGCUCCGCCGCCUGCUCGCCCUCAACGCGCCGCGCCACCACGCCGCCAUCCUCACCGCCUUCGCCGAGGUCUGCGCGCAGCUCGCCGCGCCUCCUCCGGCGGCUCCCGCGUCUCCGCCGCCACCGCCGCCGCCGCCGCCGGCGUAUCACUACCACUACUACCACUACUGACGUGUACGGCGGAUCGAGCGCCACGUGUACGGCCCUGGAAGUCUCGAGAUCCUGGCACCACCUGGUGUACGCGCGCAGGCUGGUUACCGGGUGGUGAUAGGAUCUCGAAGGAAAAAAAAAUUAUAAUAUAUGGUUUAGCUAGCUAAAAAAAGAUUAAUUAGUAUUACUAGCUAGCUUAGUAAUAAUCUUUGUGUUUUUAUUUCUUGCUUCUCUGGAUGUAGUUGCUAGCUUUGUUGCUGUGCUAGCUUCAGUGUGCUCUCCUGUUUGUGUGUUUGUGUGCAUUCUGGCCUUUGGUUUUGCAUGAAGGUCCAGAAGUAGUAGUUGUUGGUCAAGCUACAAUAUUAGUGCUAGAAGUAGAGAUCUAGCUGUUUACUUCAUGGCAAUGGAACUAUAAUUUAUAUUUAGCAAUUACAGUAGUUAGUAUGAUUUGUAGUCCUGCUGUGAUGAUGUGAUGCAUGUGUUUAAACUAGCUCCUUAAU